GUGUGAAAUAUGUUACCGUCUCAAUUAGCAAAUUAUCAAAAUAACUAAAUGAAGCUUUAUUAACGGAAACAGGUCACAUAAAUUUAUGGAAAAGUCUCUCAUCGCUUUAUGGCACUAGUCCGUCAUAGAGAGACAUUGAUAAUGAAUGAUACGAUGUGUGCUAUUAUUUAGUGUGGUUCGUGUAUUUCCAUAAGUACCUUAACUUUUUAAAUGUGGAGAAAAACUGUGAUUUGUAAAUUCUCAAAGUGACUUCUCUUAUGCAAAUAUGACCUCAUCACCAGAAAACGUCAAAAUUACUGUCGUUGGGGAUGGUGUGGUAGGAAAGACGUGCCUUCUAAUUUCAUAUACGAAAAAUGAGUUCCCAGAGGAGUACGUGCCAACAGUAUUUGAACAUUAUGGACAAGACAUCACGGUUGAUGGUGUGGUGUACAAUAUGACUCUAUGGGACACGGCUGGACAAGAAGACUAUGAAAGACUCCGGCCGUUGGCAUAUCCUAAUACAAAAUGCUUCUUAGUUUGUUUCGCCGUUGAUGACACAUCGUCAUCGUAUGACAACGUCUCGGUAAAAUGGGUUCCAGAAGUCCGACAUCAUAAUCCUCAUACACCUAUACUACUAGUAGCUACAAAAAUAGAUUUAAGAGAAGAUCCAAGCCUGCGAUGCUUUUCAACACAAGAUGGAAAGAAACUCAAAAGAAAAGUACGAGCACAAGGAUAUGCCGAAUGUUCGGCAAAAACGAGAGAAGGGUUGGAUGAUGUUUUUAUUGAAGCAAUAAGAAUUUAUAAGAAGACUAAAAUUAAGCCGCGACAAGUCAGUUGUGUUUUGCUUUAAUUAUUAUUUUAAAACUCUAUAGUAGUAAAUACAUAGACACAUGCUGGUCUUUGACAAAAUUCAUGAUAUUAUUCGUAAUUUUCAUUUUUGUAAUAGGAGAAUGGUUUCAUUUUGUACAUACAACCAGUAGAUAAGAAAAUGAAUUUUAUUUAUUCUGUACUAUGCAACAAUAAAAUUACGGCUAGAAUUACUCAUUAUUCUGAAAUAGGUACACUUGUGAUAAAGUCUAGGCAUGGUUUUUCUAUUACUGUUGUCUGACAAGGUUCGUUAACAUAUAUACAAGUGCUUCAAUACUUACUGCUCUCUAAUAAUAAUGACCAUGCUAGUUAAAAAUACUACAACGCCUACUUCAAACAAGGGCAUCAUUUAGAAGGGUCCGAAAUGGGCAAAUCAAUUACGUUUUAUUUUUAUUUUAUACUUUAUGGCUUGUCUUUGAAUACAAAACUGUAUCGAAUAAUUCACACAUAAAUGCGCAUAAUAAUUAAAUAGGUAGUAUUAUUUGUUACAUCUGCGUAAUAAAUAAAGUGUGAUCAAGAAAAAUCACCUCUAUUUGUAUUCAGUAGAGGGGAUUGAAAAUGGCUGAUCAUUAUUAUAUCUGGCGCCAAUUAGAGGGCGAUUUUUGUUGAUCACAUCCGACUAUUUUCAUUUGUAUAGAUGUACCUAAAGAAACAAAAUUAGGUUAACAAUUCUUAUGCUUGCUUGUUGCUUGCAAUUAAUUACUACAUUAAUACUGCACAAUGAGAAUAAUACUGUCAGUUAUGUCACUUGGUCAACAUAGCGUGAAUUAAACUACCCAGAAUAAAUUUAUUAAGCUACAAUCUCUCAGCAACGUUAAAAUUUCAGAAUUUUUAUCCUGUUUUUUUAUUUUUUAAAUCUGUUGAACCAUUUUGUUGAAUAAAAUAUAAAAAAGUGUACCUAUCUAAAUUCUAUGCUGUAUAUUUCUUGAUGUAGGGUCAAUUUCGCACAGGUCUGUGGAGGAAUGAAGAGUGAGAUUAAAAUCCUAAUGGAUGUUUUGGAGUUAUGGCUACAAUAUAAUCUCAAAAAAGGUGGUAUCAAAACAAAGUUUACUAAGAAACAAGUUUCAAAAUAUAAAAUAUACUCUCUUGUUUAAAAAUAAUAAUAAUAAUAAAUUUGUAAAUCAUCUUGUCUAAAUAUGCUUAAAAAUUAUUCGACUUUUAUACGUAUGUUAGGGCAAACAACUAAAAAGAUUUGGGUAAAAUUCUAAACCAGCGUCUAUAAAAAAAUUUAAAACUCAUCGAGCUGCGAUUUUUCAUAAACUACUACAAUAUAUCUGCCCAUGCAUUUUUUUUUCGUAAAAAAUUUAAACUUUUGAAAAUGUGUUUCAAGUAAAAAAAAUAAAUUUUGGUUUAUACGUGUAAAUUUGAAAAUUCUUGUCAACAAUAGCCCUAAAUCAGCUCUAUUCAACUCUUGGACUGUUGGGAAACCCCACAUAUACCUUAAUCUAAUCUAUAAUUAAAAAAAAAUCUUAUCGCUAUCUACAUGAAAUAAAUCCACUUUGGAUAGAACAAUAAUUUGUGCAACAAUUAAAGUUUAAAUCUACUUUGAAAUUUUAUUAUAAUAUAAAUUGUACAAUAAAUAAAUGUUGUAUAUAUCUAUUUAAUAAUAGUAAUAAUAAUAAUAUUAAUAUAUUUUUAUUUUAUGGAAUUACUUGUAAAGGAUAUAUAUAUAUGGCUUAGCAACUCAGUUAUUUUUAACUUUAUCCUUUUUAACUCAUUCACUCUUCUGAGUAUAAUUUGUCUUAUGUUUGUAGAAUAAAAAAAAGUUUAUUAUUGAUCACAAAAGAGGCAGAAAAUACAUAAAAAAUAGAUACUAAAAAUACCACAAAUAAAACACAUUUAAGGCGCUAAAAAACUAUAAAAAAGGGCGACAAAAGGGAACAUAAGGGAAUCACAAAAACACAAAAGAAAACAUAUAAAAAGAACACACAAAGUGUGGGAAAAGCAAAAAUCCGAACAAAAAAGCAGACCAAACACGACAAGGCGACAAAUCAAACGAAGAAAAAGAGGCUAGAGCACUAAAAAGGUAUAAUAAAAAACGGUGAUAAGUUAUAUCUUCAAAUUAGCCAUGGAGGAAUGGAAAAGACAGCUUUUUCGUCCAACGACGACUUGAGGACAUUUUUGUUGACUGCAUGUUUUACACCGGUACGGACCACAGUAUACUGGCCGCAAAGAUAUAGUGUUUACUAAACAGCCUGCAUAUGGCGUUUAAAGGAUUUUAUAUCGGAGCCUUCAUUAAAUUCAGCAAAUGUAAACGUAGGUGCUAGGGAUGGCUAGAUAAUACUCACAGAGCCAGACUAAAAGCGUUUGAGUGGCAGUGACUAUUUUGAUGUAUAAUAUAAAUUACUGAAAUAUAUCAAAUUUAAUAUGUAUAUUUUUUGUAAUAAAAAUGUUUGAGUACAAA